AUGUGGAUGUUGUUCUUCUUGAGUGCUGUGCUGGGGGCGUUGGGGUCAGUGACACAGCCCACCAGAGCAGCUCAGCAGCUUCAGACCCUUCACUGCCCGCCCUGUGAGCAGAUACAUUGUUCCUCCCGGCGGGCGCUGAAGCUCCAGUGCAAAGGUGGUGUCACGACAGGUGUCUGUGGCUGCUGCCCUGUAUGUGCCAAAACAGAGGGGGAGACCUGUGGAGGGAUGUGGGACUAUCUGGGGAACUGUGACGAGGGGCUGGUGUGUGUUUACGAGGACGCAGCAAAUGACAAACCAGACGCAGAGCGCAAAGGGAUCUGCAGAGCAGUGAUUGAACCCCUGGAUCCAGAGAGCUGUCAGCCAGAGUGCACCAAGGAAUACUGUCAGGCCAACCCCUCUGAAAUCUGCUCUGCCAGGUUUGUGUCUCUGGAGAAGAAAACGUGCCAGGGCUCCUGCCAGCACACCUCCUGUUCAAGCUGUUUGCUGCUGAGGCCUCCAUCGUGCCCUCAGACCUGCGCCUCCUCGGAUUCUGCCUGUCUACGCCGCUUUGGGAAAUGUGUGCACAAUCACCUGUCAGCACCUCCAAGUCCUGUGUGCAACCAAAACCUGAAGAGUCAUCCUGAGGGGCAUUAUGUGUGUUUGGUCCCGGACUGUCCGAACUCCACGAAGUGAUUCCUUGUGAGAAGAAAACCCAGAGGAAAUGUUAAAUAGGUCAUGUAGGAAAAUGGAGAAAGGCAGCUAUCACUUAACUUUGUGCA